GGUCCUCAGCCCGGCCCCGCCCCGCCUCGCCUCGCCCCGCCUCUGCUCGCCCCCGCCUCUGGCCUAGCGCGUCGCCUACCCCGGAGUGUUUGCGCGCUGAUCCGAGCUCAGCAAGGCUGGGUCACCAAACCUCUUUCGCCACAGCAAGACUGGUUUCUUUGGCUUUGUAAGCCCUCCCCGGAUGUUUGUCCCCUCAAGCAUGAAGGUCUUCCUGCCAGUGCUGCUGGCUGCCCUCCUGGGUGUGGAGCAAGCCCACUCCCUCAUGUGCUUCUCCUGCACUAAUCAGAAGAGCAAUUUCUACUGCCUGUGGCCAACCAUCUGCUCAGACUCUGACAACUACUGUGUGACCGUAUCUACCUCCGGUGGCAUUGGGAAACUCGUGGACUUUGGCUACAGCCUGAACAAAGGAUGUUCUCCAGCCUGCCCUGGUCCAAGCGUUGAUAUUGGCGUGGUAAAUGUGGGUACCACGUGCUGCUCAAAUUCUCUGUGUAACUUCAGUGCUGCUGGAGGUGGGCCUCAGACCAGUGCCCUACUGAUGAGCCUUGGGCUUCUGCUCAGCCUGCUGUCAGCCUCACUGUGGCUGGCCCCCUGAACUCCUUACCUGAUGCCCCAUGCUCCCCCAGCUCAGGAAGAAAAGCCCAGCUCCUUCCAGACACCAGGAGGCUAUUGGAGCGUCCAUCUCUUUCUCAUUGCCUGAUCCACCCCUUUGGACACAGGGCCAAACCCACCCCUGCUCCAAUGCCAACUGCCUCAUUUCUGGGCUCCCUCUAAAGUCGUAGGGCCUUAGGGAUGGGGCUUAGUCCUGUAGACACCCAGGAGGAACACCUAAAUCCCAGGUCCUUUUGGCAGGCUGUUGGUUGGAGGGAUGUAUUGGGGAGGGCAGGACAAGUUUGGGCCCAGUGGGGGCACCCUGGAAAGCCCCUUACCCUGGCAUUUCUGCACACACAAUGCACUAAUUUCAAGAUGUUGCUAAUGCCCUCAGCUUCAGGCAUCCAUCCAAGAUUCAGCUGAGACCCUGUCUGACCCACCCUCACGUGGGUGCCCUACUGCUGCUUUGGUGCCUCAAAUAAAUGGUUUUCCCACCCA